UUCAAAGGACGUAAUUACGCCGAGAAUCAGCAGAGGGCAGCACUGUAUUUACACACAGCUUAGAUUAUCCGUCAAAAAGAAACCUUGACAUUUGUUCGGGAUUGUUUUGAUGCUUGCAAAAGUAUCAUCAUUCAGCUACUCACCAGAAAGUGCUAGAAAAUACUAUACUUAGAUAUCUGGCUUUAAAUCCGAUGUAAGACAUGAAGAAAUACAGAGAGCUAUGGAGAGUAGAUUCUGUGUUUUGAGCGACACCGAAGACCUCCAAAGGCUAAUCUCAAACACCGAGAACAAUCUCCUCUUCGAAAGGUCUAAGACACUGUUUGAAGAGAUCCGUGCCUCCAUCAACAACAAUGACGAAGAGGACCGCUCCUUCUGGAGGCCUGUGCUCCCGUGGGGUGGCGUCUUUACCAUCAAGGCAGGAAGGAAGGCCUUAUCAUGCACCCCUCUGUACGUCAAAAUCAACCUAAAAAACACUUGCACCAUUGAUGGCUUCCUCAUGAUCCUGUAUGUGAUUCUGCGGGACAACCAGGGCUUUCCCAGGGAGCUGGCAGUCUUUCUCGGUAAGCAGUUUGUGGAGCAUUUCCUCCACCUGAUGGACUCCUGCGACUACACCACAGUGAAGAUGCUGUGGAUCUGGGACAGGAUGUCUAAAAGACAGUACCGCUCUGAGAUCCACCAGGCAGCCCUGGAGAUUGACCUGUUUGGUAAUGAGCACGAGAACUUCACAGAGAACCUGGAGAACCUCAUGUCCACGUUGCAGGAGAGUCUGUGCACCAACUGGUGCUGCCCGGCCCGCUUCCAGGAUUUCAUCAAGACUACAAUCAACAUCAGCCCUCCUCAUGAGCUGCCUCACAGAGACCCCAUUCAGUCGGCCGUGGAUGAGUUCUUCUGCCCCAAGCUCCUGCUCUGCUCAGAACUGGGGUGUGAUGGUCUAAGGGAGUUCUCUCAGAGGGUUUUCUGCCAUGGACCCCCACCCUUUGUCAUUCUCAACAUGCAGCAGUGGAAGUCAGAGGAGCUGUCCUAUGUUCCUUACCAUCUGGCUCUCUGCCAGCACAGGUACUUACUAGAGGGCGCCACACUCUUCAACAAGGAAGAGCAUCACUACUCUGCAGCCUUUCAGAUAGACGGCUGCUGGAUGCACUACGACGGUCUGAGGAGUGACAAUCUGAUCCUGUUAUACAAGCCACCAGAGCUCCUGCUGCUGUCCUCUCUGGUCUACAUCCGCGCCGCCGACAAGUGAACUAAUCUUGUCACAAGCGGACACACCGAUGAGCAGGAGUCACACCAAGCACAAGAGUGAAAGCAUUCAUCCACCCUUCCUAUGAUUAUUCUGUGACGACUACAUGGAUGGCAUUACAGUACCGUAAUCAUGUUUCUCUACUUAGCGCAUCAUUCGAUUUUUAAUGAACUCCUGUCAGCUGUUGCUUCCUCUGUUAGUUGUAAGAGUGCUGAAUGACGCAUGCUCCAUUUCACCUGAAUGCUUGCAGAGAGCUUACUGUGCAAAAUGGAAAUUACUUUUCUUUGGGCAUGCUUGGAAUCCAAGAAUAUAAUGGACUAUAAUAGUUCUGGGUUGAUAUGCAAACAUGACAGUAUCAGUGAAUAAUGUACAUUGUAUGCAUUUACAGUUACCUGACAGACAAGGUGUACAAUUUUGGCAGUUUAAUUUUACAUUUAUGCAUAUCAGCCCUUUCAUAAAUUUAAACUGGUGCUUUUUCUAUUUACAAACAACCAAACACGGCCAAAGUCCAUUUCAGGUUAAUGUCUUGUUUUUUGUUAAGAUGUUUAAAUUGGAGGCAAACGUUUAAUAUAAUGAGUGAAUGUUAAAAUACAAAGUUCUUAAAUUAUAUAAAGGAUGAGGGCAGUGUGAAAUAUCUAUUUUCUUUACAAACUUAAAUAUUACCUGUUUGGCUUCCAGGGCACUAAGCUGGCAGCAUUUCCAUACUGAUACAUUGAAUUUAAGCAAUAUUACACUUGCCAACACAGGAAAUAUGUAUAUUUACAUGUUAUUUUUUUAAAAUAGUUUUUAACCUCAAAGAAUUACUGGUAUCACACAGUGCCUCUUCCAAGGAAAGUUUGUGAAAGUGAAUCCUGUCAAGUAUAAAUCCUCAAUCGUGAUCAGUUUAAUUGGUUUUUCUAACUUUAAUUGGUCUUUAAAAUGCAAAUACAAAUAUUUUGUGCUACA